CAAAGGGAAUUACCAAUUCUCUCCCCUGUACAGUCUCACCUUGAUUUGGUAAGCCCUGUUCACUUUAAGAGCAUGGGGUUUUUUGAAUAUUCUUUUCUUCAUGACCUCCCCAUCUCAGUUUCGCAAAGCAUGCUUCUCUUCUUUUAUAUGAUACAAGAGGAAGCAGGUUUUUCUCUCUCUCGGGUCUGACACGCAAAACUGUGGAAUACCUUAAGUUUCUAUUCAUACUAGAAACUCACUUCACAGCCAAGAGACGUUAUUGCAGAGAUUUAUCAUUCUAUCUGCACCAUCACUUGCUUCAAGCAGAUUUGGACUAAUCUAGCCUUUAGCCCAUCUGGGUUUUCUGUGCUUCUGAUGAAUCUCAAUACGAUGAGACUGAAGAGAGGUGAAGAAGCCGCUUUGUGUUUAGUGGCCUUCUUGUGGAUUUGGAAUUCGGCAAAUGGAUUGCUCUCUCCCAAAGGUGUGAACUUUGAAGUGCAAGCUCUGAUGCGCAUAAAGGACUGUCUACAUGAUCCUCACAAUGUGCUUGAGAAUUGGGAUAAGGAUGCUGUUGAUCCAUGUAGCUGGACUAUGGUCACAUGUUCAACUGACAGUUUAGUUGUUGGACUGGGAACUCCUAGCCAGAGCUUGUCUGGUACUCUUUCUCCAAGCAUAGGCAACUUGACAAACCUUCAGAUCGUGCUCUUACAGAACAACAACAUAAUGGGGCCGCUUCCUCCAGAGCUCGGGAGGCUUUCGAGGCUUCGCACUCUCGAUCUUUCCAAUAAUUUCUUCACCGGAGAAAUCCCCUCCUCACUGGGUCAUCUGAACAGUCUUCAGUACAUGAGGCUUAACAACAAUAGUCUCUCCGGUGCAUUCCCGAGCUCUUUGGCCAACAUGACUCAGCUUCAAUUCCUUGAUUUGUCUUACAAUAACUUGAGUGGCCCUGUCCCUAGAAUUCUGGCCAAAACAUUCAACAUUGUUGGGAACCCUCAAAUAUGCGCAACUGGCACCGAGCCGGACUGCUAUGGAACACAGCUGAUGCCUAUGUCCAUGAGCUUAAAUACUUCUCAAACGCUACCCUCCAGCAAACGUGAAAAUCAUAAAGUAGCCUUUGCCUUGGCAUCGAGCAUCGGUUGUGUCUGUCUCAUCAUUCUCGCCUUUGGCAUACUUCUUUGGUUAAGACAAAGGCACAACCAACCCACAUUCUUUGACGUCAAGGAUGGGCAUCAUGAGGAAGCUUCGCUGGGGAACUUGAGGAGGUUCCACUUUAGGGAACUUCAGAUUGCCACAAAUAAUUUCAGCAGCAAGAACAUUCUCGGCAAGGGUGGCUUUGGACAUGUCUACAAGGGUGUUCUUCAAGAUGGCACGCUCGUCGCUGUCAAGAGGCUUAAAGACGCAAAUGCUGUUGGGGGUGAGAUCCAAUUCCAGACAGAAAUCGAAAUGAUCAGCCUAGCGGUGCAUCGCAACCUCCUCAGGUUAUAUGGAUUUUGCAUCACGCCUGCGGAAAAGCUCCUUAUAUACCCAUUCAUGUCCAACGGCAGCGUUGCAUCUCGCCUCAAAGGGAAGCCGGUCUUGGAUUGGGGCACCAGGAAGAGAAUUGCCUUAGGAGCUGCACGGGGAUUACUGUACCUCCACGAGCAAUGUGACCCAAAGAUAAUCCAUAGAGAUGUAAAGGCAGCAAAUAUAUUGCUUGAUGACUAUUGCGAGGCUGUGGUCGGAGAUUUCGGGCUGGCUAAGCUUUUGGAUCACCAGGACUCACAUGUCACCACGGCCGUGAGAGGCACAGUGGGUCAUAUAGCCCCUGAGUAUCUCUCCACGGGGCAAUCCUCUGAGAAGACGGAUGUGUUUGGGUUUGGGAUUCUUCUCCUUGAAUUGAUCACUGGACAGAGAGCACUAGAGUUCGGCAAGGCUGCUAAUCAGAAAGGAGCGAUGCUCGAUUGGGUGAAGAAAAUUCAUCAAGAGAAGAAAUUGGAAAUGCUUGUCGACAAGGACCUCCGAAGCAACUAUGAUCGGAUUGAGCUCGAGGAAAUAGUACAAGUAGCACUCCUAUGCACCCAGUACCUUCCUGCUCACAGGCCAAAGAUGUCGGAAGUGGUCCGAAUGCUCGAAGGUGAUGGCCUCGCGGAAAGAUGGGAAGCCUCUCAGAGAGUUGAAUCGAACAAAGGCAAGCCUCAUGAGUUCUCAUCGUCAGACAGAUAUUCCGAUCUCACCGAUGAUUCUUCCUUGCUGGUCCAAGCGAUGGAGCUCUCAGGCCCUAGGUGACUAUGGUUCUUUUUCGAAGAAUUGACAAAAUCUAUAGUUUUGGAAACGGAGGAGGUUGAAACAGCUUGUAGCUAUUGCAUAUAGAGAAAAUGAAUUCAUGUUGGUGACCUUUCGUAUGACUUUAUAGCAUACCUGAGUUAAAUGGGGUAAACAUUGUAAGGAAUUACAUGAGAGAUCUGAGAGCUAUCUGGAAUGUGUGAGCACAAGAUGAGUAUUUGUAUUUGUAUUAUAGUCGUUCCAAUAUAUGUCAGCUCCAAACGGCUUCAGUGUUUGCAACUGUACAGAAUUUGGUCUUUGAAAUGGACACUCUUUUCUUGAACUGAA